CAGGGGGCGUUGGCGGUGGCGGCGCUCUGCUGCUGCUAAAGAAGGAGGAGAAGAAGAAGCACUUCCUCCGUCCUGUCACAGACGACUCUUGCAGCGAGACAGUCAAGAUGGCAGGCCGUCGUGUAGCCCUGAAGGCCAUUGACUGGGUGGCUUUUGCCGAGCGGGUUCCACCCAACCAGCGUGGCAUGUUCAAUGCACUGAAGACCCGCACUGACGGCAUCGCUGCCAAACUGAACUCCCUGCCAGAGACUCCUGCAGUCAUUGACUGGAGCUACUACAAGACCGCAGUGGCCAAAGCCGGGAUGGUUGAUGAGUUUGAGAAGAAGUUCAAAGCUCUGCAGAUCCCUAUGCCUGCUGACACGCAGACGAGCGCCAUCAAUACACAGGAGGCUGAGGCUAACAAAAGUGCAACUGCCUACAUGGAAGCAUCAAAGGCCCGCAUUGCUCAGUAUGAAAAGGAGCUUGAGAAAUUUAAGAACAUGAUCCCCUUCGACCAGAUGACCAUUGAGGACCUCAAUGACACCUUUCCUGAGACCAAGCUGGACAAGGUCAAACAUCCAUACUGGCCCCACAAGCCCAUUGCAGAUCUGUAAUCCUGCUUCUGGACCCUCACCUCACAAUAAAGAUUAUGUAUUUUAAAGUGAA